GACCUCAUGGCCGUGUCCCUAUAAAGCACCGGCCACCACCCCACGUCUGCCAGUGCGGUCGUACCUGGCUGUGAGCGAUGGUUGACGACAGCAGCGUUUUCCUAUUCCCCGGCCUCCUGCUUCUGGUGGCCGGGCUCUCCCUGCUUGCCAAGGGCCGGCGCCAACUGGGUGACGGUCUGUGCUGGCGCAAGUGGGGAUGGCAGCUACAAGCAGCAGCACCGGAGCCUGGCACCAAGCAGCUGUGGGGGUCAGGGCGCUGCUGCCCUGGCUGUACGGAGUGCAUCGAGGCCAUACAGGAGCUGCAGCAGCUGGUGCUGUCGGCACUGCCCGGGUGUGAGGCUGCUGCGCUGAGGCCUGACUUCUGGCAAGUGGCAUCGAAGGACGUGGAGGAGCUGCUGGAGCGGGGCAGCCUGUCCUGCUGUGGCUACGGCAUCCCCAGGAGCAAGAGCUGUCCUGGGAGCUGGAGCAACGCCUCUCUGGAGCACCAUGGAGGAGCCCCCACAGAGCCAGAGCCUCCGUGCCAGCCAGCGCCCAGGAAGGAGACACAUCCCGCAGACAUCCCUGAAGAAGACCAACAUCUGGACUCUGCCCUGAGCAAAACCAGCAGUGCAGAGGAGGCUGAUGAGCUUCGUGGGAAGAGGCAGUGCCUAGAGGUUCUGACAGCCCCCAGGCCCCCCAGGCUUGGGAAGCAGGGCUCCAAGCCAGGCAGCGGAGAUGAAGAGCCACCGGCUGAGGUCUCCUCCUCCAUGCAGCCACCAGAAAUGGGGAUGAUCGUGCGUGAGAGUCUCCUUCGCCCAGAUGAGGGGCGACAGCAGUGGGUGGAGGUGUCCCAGCAACCUCUCGGCUUGUCCGCGGACCUCUCAGCACUUCCCAGCCCAGCCAACACAGUGUUACGAAAAGACCAGGGCUGCCAAACUGACUUCGUCAUCAUCCUGAGACCACUGGGGGCUGAUGCUGGUAAUGAGAACCAGCCCCAAACUGCUGCGCCUGUCGACAUCUCAGAGCCGCAGCUGAGGCUUGAGGAGUGCAGCAAGGCCUGCAUGCAGACGGCAAGCAAAGAAAACCUAGAAAGCUCCUCUGGGACAGUGCAGCAGUCAGCUGAAGAGGAGCAUGAAGCACUGCCUGAAAAUGCCUGUUCUGGCCCCCUGCCACCACAAUGUCCCUGUGUCCCCUUCCUCAAAUGCAAGCCUCUCCUCUAUCCGGACCAGGUCAAGAGGAACUGGACGAAGCACGGGGCCUCCAUUGUCUGCCCAGCGGCCUCUGGACCACCACGCUUCCACCCGCAGCCUGUCCAUUUCCACAGGCCCGAGGCCACGUUCAUGCCCAAGGAGCAGCGCGAGGCCCCGGAGCUGCAGCAUCCCAGGGACCAGCUCGACCCGGAGCGCCCAUCCCAGCGAGCAGUGCCCCGGGAGGAGAGCGGCUGGGCAGCCCCAAGGGCUCACACACACUACACCAGGAACGGCUGCUCUGGCCACAGGAUGGACACAGCUCCCAAGGGUGAAAUUGUGAGGACGCCCUUUGGGAUGCCGAACGCGUGGGCAGGACAAGAGCCCACCGCAGUCUACCCAGCCCUCAGACCCGUGGUCCAAGCUACAAGCCUGAGGCCUGAGCACCGUCGGAAGCACCGCAGACACUUUGUGGGACCAGCCGCAGGAGCCCCACAAGGCCACUGGGGCAGCAGCACCGAGCAGACCGGACGCUCUGACAGCAGCUUCCACCUCCGGGCUGCGGCUGUCCCUCUGAAAGGAAACACCAGUGCGGACGUGACCACGGCGUCUGAAACAGCUGGGGCUGAGGCAGGCACCAGGGGACCUAAGUGGUGGCCUUGGAGGAAGAAGUGCCCUGGCAAGGUCGAGAGCUCCCCAGAUUGUGGGGCCUGCUCCCAGGGCACCGACAGCCAAGAAAAGUGGACAGGCAGCAACCUCCCUCGGGGAAAUGCACAGGCCAGGCCAGCUCCCAUCUUAGCCUCCACAAGACCCCAGGAGCCCCAUGGCUACUCCAGCUCAUCAUCUUCAGAGCACUGCAGUGCCCCUAUCACCAGAUACCUGUGCUCGUGUCACUUGCGCCAAACCUGUGGCACCCAGGGCACUGCAGCGGAACCGAACAGCAACAGCAUCAGCUCGGUCUGGGAUAGGAUUUGCCGUAGGCAGCAGAAGACGUCUGUAUCGCCACAGAGCUCUACAUCUGAGCGCUGCUGCCAUGCACUCCACAGGAGAGGCAGGGCCAGAGUCCAUGGAGCUUGUGAUUUUCAAAAUCUCCAAUAUUGUAAUUAA